AUGGGCUGGCCCGCAGAUGUGAGGCGCUUUUUGGCAGGUGCUUUUGCAGGUGCAAUCAGCAAGACAGCUACAGCCCCCAUCGAGAGUGUCCGCAUGCAGAUAAUGACAGGCACCAAGGGAAGCGUGUGGGAGAUUGUGGGGAGAACCUAUGAGCGCGGAGGGCUACUGGCAUUCUUCAGCGGCAAUGAAGCAGAUGUGCUGCGGACCAUGCCGUCCAAGGCUAUAGAGCUGGCCUCCUUUGAUCUGUACAAGAAGGCGUUCGCCAAUUUCAGGCCCAAGGGCGCUGACGGAAAGCAACACCCCAGCGGCCUGGGCGUCACUGUCGCUGGCGCCCUAGCAGGAGUGACGUCUACGCUGGCGAUGUUCCCUCUGGAGACAGUGCGAACGCGGCUGGCGGUGGACCACAAAACGUACCGCAAUGUCUUCACUGCGUUCCGCAUCAUCUUUGGGCAGGAGGGCGUCCCUGCCUUUUACCGGGGACUUGGCGCGAGUGUGCUGGGUGUCAUUCCGUACUCGGCGAUCAGGCUGGGCUCCUAUGACGGUCUCAAAUGGGCCUACAAGAGGACGACGCAGCAGGAGAAUGUGCCGGCGCAUGUGACGAUGAUGUUUGGCGCGUUUGCGGCCAUAGCCUCCUCGAGUGCCAGCUUCCCACUGGAGAUCGUGCGCCGCCGCGCCAUGAUGGGCACCCUGCCCACCACAGGCACGCUGGCGGCGCUGAUGGCGAUAGCGCGCACGGAGGGAGUGGGAGCGCUUUAUGCAGGCGUGUGGCUGACUUGGGUGAAGCAGGCGCCCCAGUACGCUGUCACCUUCCUCUGCUACGACCUCGCCAAGGCCUGGCUCGCGGCCGAGAACGGCGAGGCCCGCGAAAAGCGCGCAGCCGAGCUCCGCGCUAGCGCAGCCGGCUCCGGCGGCGGCGCCGAGCUGCCCGGCAGCACGCGGAGGGGGCUGCCCGUGCCUCAAGGAUGA